GCGAGGCUUGGAUUUUAGUCCGUGACACGGUAUUACCGCGACUCGAGCCACUCGCGGAACAGUUUGCCGACUGGCAGGACCGUGAGACGGCAACAUCCCGCGGUUAUUCUUCGCGUUCUCGCAAGGAAAAGCGGAACGCGCGUGCCUCUUCCGUCCAUCGCGUUCGUCUGGACCCAUGAAACGAUUUCGUUCGCGCGAAAUGAUUACGUUCGACGUGUAUCGAUAUGCGUAGUCGGUAGUUGAUCCCGCUCGUGCUCCGACUUAGAUUGGAGGCGAGAGUGAGCGAGAAGGAAAUAGUGAAUCGCAAGGAGCGAGAGCCCCCUCUCUCUUCUCCCCUUCCUGCAAAAGGGUUACACGUGUAACGAGAUUUUGUCUGAAGGAGGAAAGGAGCGAGACCUCGUGCAGAAUUUGACUUUUGAGUUCACGCUCUGGAACUAUGUGGGACAUCGCGACGAAGCGAGUCUUCAUCGCGGCCGGAACGUCGCGGAAUGGGGCCCGUUGAUCGGAUCCGCAGCAACGGGCUUCGACGACCAUCCACGGCGGAGGUAUGGACGUCAUCGGAGACGGGGACGAGCAGACCCUCCAGGCGAUUCUCGGUCGUGGUGAUUUCGUCGGGGGUAUAGACAACGAAGCUUUGGAUUUUUCGCAGUUGGAGGACUUUAUCAACAGUGACAGUGAACAACCUGCAACAUACUUUGCGGACACCCUCGCGCAUAACGAAAAUGGGGGUGGAACUGCGCCUCACAAUGGCCGGAUCGAAGCACCUACGUCGCAACCGGUCGUCGCCCAGCAGCAGCAGUCAUCACCGCGGUUACCUUCGCCUCAGAUGACACAUCCAGUCUCAAUAGCAUGCAUUUCUGGUACUACGACAGUACCUAACAAUAAUGGCGGCUACAAAGAUCCGCAGUCGUAUGUUCACCCAGAGAACAUUGCGUUUUCCAGACAUGCAUUACCAGAAAGUCCUCCGGACAGCGGAAGCGAGCCACCAUACUCACCGCAGGGACAUAAUGACACUCAACACGUGCAUUCGCCACACCAAAAAGCGGCUUUACAAGAAAUCCUCAUACAUCAUCAAAACAAUCCAUAUCCGCCUAAUUUGUUACCAUCUUCUCCGAGAGCGUUGCCUUCAACGACAACAGAUCCUCUACUUUUAACGCCGGCUUUGACAUCUCAUCUCACAUCAGGAACAUCGAGUCUUCCGACGCAGCCUCAGAUAGGAUCAUCUUUAAUACCAUUGUCGCACGAACACAGCCCGACUGGUAUUAAUACGUUGUAUCCAUCUCUGCAAUCGGCUCCGAAAAAGAGAAAGCUUAGCCAAGAUGGCCUUAUCCAUGUCAAACAGGAACCUGAACUGGGUACUGUGGAACACAGUUGCAGCAGCAGUAGCGCAGUACUGGAUAGUGAUGAGGUCACUGACAACAAUUAUAUCGACGCUAGUUACCAAUGCAUUCGAUUUCAUCCUUUUCAACAGACAUCUUGGCAUGUACUCUGCGAUCACAAUCUCAAAGAGUUACCGAUACCACAUUACAGAGUGGACGCGGAUAAGGGAUUCAAUUUUAGCAAUUCGGAUGAUGCAUUUGUUUGUCAGAAAAAGAAUCAUUUUCAGAUAACAUGUCACUCGCAACUUCAAGGAGAGGCCAUAUUCGUUAGAACUGGUGAAGGUCUAAAAAAAAUAAGUGGUUUCCAAUUACAUUUCUACGGAGUCAAAGUAGAAUCUCCGUCGCAAACGAUCAGAGUCGAACAAAGUCAGAGCGAUAGAAGCAAAAAACCUUUUCAUCCUGUAACAUAUUGGUGUUACAGAGUCGAAUUAAGCAGUGAACGUGUCACAAAAGUGACGGUUGGUCGCUUACACUUUAGCGAAACUACGAGUAACAAUAUGCGCAAGAAGGGAAAACCAAAUCCAGAUCAGAGGUAUUUUCAUUUGGUCGUCGGAUUGCACGCUCAUACCGCGGAUCAAGCCAGUUAUCAAGUAGUGGCUCAUGCAUCAGAACGUAUAAUUGUCAGGGCAAGUAACCCAGGACAAUUUGAAUCAGAAGGCAGUGGUGUAGGUGCUGAAGGUGGAUGGCAGAGAGGAGCCGCCCCAGACAGUGUGUAUCAUGCAGGCAGAGUUGGAAUUAAUACGGACAGGCCGGACGAAGCUCUUGUUGUACAUGGCAAUAUGAAGGUAACAGGUCAUAUCGUUCAACCUAGCGAUGCAAGGGCCAAGCAAAGUGUUCAAGAAGUGGAUACGCGUGAACAACUACGAAAUGUACAACAGUUGCGCGUUGUUCGUUAUCGAUAUGCUCCGGAAUUCGCGCAACACUCGGGUCUGGAUGUAAAACAGGAAGACACUGGUGUCAUAGCGCAAGAAGUUCAACAAAUUCUACCGGAAGCUGUGCUGCCGGCAGGUGAUAUUGUUCUACCAAAUGGUCAGAGAAUAGAAAAUUUCUUGGUGGUAAAUAAAGAGAGGAUAUUUAUGGAAAAUGUUGGCGCCGUCAAGGAAUUAUGUAAGGUGACAGAUAGUCUAGAAACGAGAAUAGAUCAAUUAGAGAGAAUAAAUAAACGAUUAGCAAAAUUGAAACGGGGCGAUAGUCUAAAGAGCUCCAUCAGUACAGUAUCCAGUAUAUCGGGCAAUAAAUAUUCAUCUUCUAUCAAUAAUAAGUCGUCUUUACAUGGAAAGACGAAAAGACUCGAAAGAGAGGAAGAACUUCUCUGCAGUAAUAAAUUUAUUCAAAUUAUUAUUGUUAUACUUAUUCUCAUCAUGGCAUUUUGCCUAGUUGCAAUGGCAACCUUAUAUUUCUUGGAAUACCAGAAACGUAGUAGCAUUGAAUGGUCCACCAUGGCAAGCAAUGGAAUGUUGGCUAUUGAUCCAGCUCAUCCAUCGACGAUGUCCACGACUUCUAAUUAUGAGCACCGAUAUAAUUCAUUAUUGCAUAGUACAUUAUCUCCUUUAUAUACAAAGCAUGCAUCUUACACAAGAGGAUUAGAGGGAGGAUUAUCUGUCAAAAGUAAUUCCCUGACGACACCACCUCCUCACACAAAACAACAGUUGUAUUCUCAAGAAAUAACAUGGUAUCCGAUAAGCCAUCCGGGUUCUCAACCUAAGCUUGAAAAAAAUAACGAAUUUCCUGGAAACUGGCUCAGUAGAAAUGGCGCGGGCGCUGUUCCUAGUAACGUAGAUGAAAACGAUCAAAGCUCAGAUGUAGAUUCCUCACCCACUAAUAAAGGUCCAAUUCCUUUAGGAAGACCUGAAGAAUGUCCCGCACAUUUUACUGAGCUCGAAAGUUCAUGUCAGGUAUAUUGUUGCACAGCUGAAAUCCAUCAGUUAGAAGAUCCCCAGCCUGAUCAUCCGCCAGAGAAGAAAUCUAUUUCAGAUCAUUUAGAACAGCCAUUGAGCAUGCCACAUGAAGAGAAACGGAAAUUAGCUAAAGGUUUCCAAAAUGGUAUUAGUCCAUCCAAUCCUAGCACUCAAACACUUGUGAAAGAGAUUAAUUACAAAUAUUUACAUAAACGAGCAAGGCGAGAAACUGGUGGAGAUUGGGGAGAAGUUGCUAGUAACGCAGCGGGAUCAUUGCCACCAGAACCUAGACCACAAUUAUUCGUGGUGGCGAAAAAUUUCAACACUUCUCUGGAUCAAAGAUAUUGCUCGCCAUCAUCGCCGGAUACACCUAACAAUAUUAGUUGCAUUGUACCUUUGUCGAAACAUAUGCCGGAUACGCAUUUAACAUUACAUUUUGUCGGCAUGCCGUGGUAUUGGCAAAUCGUGCAACAGUGUCCCUUUUCAUCGAAUUCCAAUAUGGACGAAACAAUGGCAUGCUGGAGUUACACUGUGCCGCAACAAGUUCAGUAUAUUGAAAAUAAUAAUCAACCGGGCGAUCAAUCGUUUUCUCUCGACGUCGCUCAUUAUCUUAGAAAGACUUUGAAGUUUCGAAUACCUACAAUACAACCUCAAGAGAAUAUUUGCAGAAACAAACAUGGUGUCGAUUAUUUGGAAUUUAUAUUGCACUUUUAUCGAGAUUGCGAUGAACAAUAAAUUUUCUUUUCUUGUACAGUGCACAUGUGUUUAUUAUAGUAAGAAAUUUAAUGGUAAAUUUAAGAAUAAGAAUCUAACAGAAGUUAGACUUUUCACCUUAUAAGAAUAAAAUCUUUGUGCCUUUGUAUCUUUCCUCUGCUUUCAUAGUUUGCAGUAUAUACAAUAUGUAUUUUAUAUAUCAUUGUGUAUUGCAUUAUACACAUAUAGUAUAUUAUUUACUAAUAUAAAAGUAAAAUAUAUAUAAAAUAUAUAGAUUUAAAAUUCUAUAUAAUUAAUAUAACACAUACCAUAUUAUGCAGGAAAUUUUUUUAGGUAUAUUACAUGUGUGAAAGAAGGUAUAUAAUAAUUAUCUGAUUUAUCAGAUAACAAUAAUGAUAAACAAACAUCACGUAGAUGAUAGGUAUAUUAUUUCUUAUUGCUUGUUUUUCAUAUUAUAAAUCGCAACAUUUUACCAUAUUUUGUUGAGUUUGAUGCAUCGCCAAUAUAUUGAUAAUUUUAUACGGGUGUAAAUAUAUGAAAUUAUUCAUAAAACUUUGAUAUAUGAGGUAAAAAGAUAUCGAAAAAUUAUUGAUGCCUUGACAUUUUUGUUAAAAAAAAAUCGGGCAACUAUUCACUCAUUCGUUUUAAUAUGAAUAUUUAGCAAAAAUUUUCAAAUUGAUAGUAAUAUAGUAGCAAUAGAUUUACUAUUUCUACUAUAUUACUGCUAUAAGGACAUUUGGUGGGUUUAAGACACCAUAUUAUUUUCGUGUGCAUUACAAAAUGUAUACAUUAAUGAGUGAAUCAGAGUUUUCUAUUCAUUAUGUCUUAUUUUAUCUAUCAACGUACUACAUCUUUUUAAUUUAUUAAUAGUUUUCUUUAAAACUUCCCAUACAGUACAGAAAGAUUGCAGAAUAUAAUUUAAUUAAAAAAUUAUAAUAUUGCACAAUAUUAUAUUGCAACUACCAAGAUUGUAACAUUGCAACAAUACAUAAAUUCAAUACAAUAAUUGAAAUAUUCUGUGCUGUAUGAAUUCUCUCUCUCUCUCUCUCUCUCUCUCUCUCUCUCUCUCUCUCUAAGUUUAAUCAUUUUGUAAACCUGUAUAUUUUGCAUAUAUAUUUAAGGCAUUACAAUAACUACGGCCCUCCAUUUGGAGAGUCGUUUUUGGAGGCAUUUUUAACGAGGAACAUGGGAAAAAUAAUUAAAAAAAAUUUUGACCAAUAGUUUCCAAAAUAUGUGAUUUUAAUGUUUCACAGUUUUAAUACUUUUUCUGUUAUAAAAUAAGAAAAAAUAAACUUUGUUUACAUUGCAUUUGUGUAAAACAGAUGUGAAAAAAGUGUCUGUUUACAUUUCCAAGGACGAAACUCCUUGAGCUUUUUCGCUUUCCAUACAACUCGAGGUUCAACUCAAAUUUUUGUAUUGAUAAGUGUUAUUUAUAUAAUUUUUUGGUAAAUACAAAGUGGAAAAUUGUGCCCAUGUGGAAUCUCAUUUCGCAUUAAAAAGUAUAUGCGUGGAGGCAGUAUGUACUGUCCCCUACGGGGGGCUUCUCUAUCAAAAAAUUAGACAUAUAGGUUUGCGUUGAACUUUGCUUUGCGUAGAAAGUGGAAAAACUCAAGGAGUUUUGUCUCUGGAAAUGUGAACAAACACUUUUUUCAAGUCUGCUUUACACAAAUACAACGUAAAUAAACUUUAUUUUUCCUUAUUUUAUAAUAGAAAAUGCAUUAAAACUGUGAAACUUUAAAAUUGCAUAUCUCGGAAGCUAUUGGUCAAAAAUUUUUUUUACUAUUUUUCCUGUGUUUCUCAUCAAAAAUGCCUUUAGGAACAACUUCAAAUAGAAGGCCGUACUUAUCGUAAUCAUAUUUAACGUAAAUGAUAUUUUAAUUGGAUAAUAUGAUACUAAUCAAUAACGGCAUAUUUUAAACAUUUUUAACAAAACUGAAUAAACUUAUCAUAAAAAGAUAUGUGUACGAAAAAAAUAUCAUAUGUUUAAAUUGUAAAAAGUCGCGUCUGCUGUAUAAUUAAUUUUAUUUUAUAAUUAUGUACAAACAAUACUGAAUAUUUAUUGUUAUGAUAUGUUAUAUGAUGUUGUUAUUCAAACAAGAAAAUACACAAUUUAUCGUUGAUUUUGAAUAAGUUAUAUUUAUAAUUAUAGUUUAAAUAUUUCUUAUUUAAAGUACAGAGUAGAUAUCAUUAAGGCAAUUAUAAUCAUUUUAAUAUUUUGAUUUUCAGUAUAUACUAUUCGUAUUUACAUUAAAUGAUAUUAUAGAAUUGCGAGUUCCUAAAAAUAUUGUACAGUAAAUGUUUAAUGCGUAAUAGAGAGUCUAUAUGCACAUACUUUCUCACACUUGUAUUAAAAAUUAUAGAAAUGAAGAAUAGACAUAAAUAUCUUAGAGUAAAAGACAUUUAUAUUACAA